UUCUCAGUUCUGUACUGCAAGCAUAGCGAUUAUUGGUUGCGAUUCGUGAUCGUUCUUCUAGCUCUCAACCACGCCUGCAGUUCUGAUCGAACAGUUGAAGAAUCUUGGCUUCUUAGUUUUCACGCGGAGUUUUUCAAUCAAAUGCGGCUGAAGAUAAACAAGGCCUGCGAUCUCAGCUCUAUAUCUGUUCUUCCUCCUCAAUCCAGGUCAAAUGCGUUAACCACUGGGCAGCAAGCACCACAGUUGCGAUCACAACCUUCGCAACAAUCCUUUUCUCAGGGACUGUCAUCUCUGCACGGCACGAAUUCUCAAUUCUCUCAGAACUCUUUUGACGAAGUCGUGACAAAUGAACAGAGAUUUAGCUCUCAAGACCGAGAAAAUUCAAUUAAGAAGAAUUCUUUUUUUCCUCCUCUAAGUUAUUCAAGAGAAGAAUGCCAAUUGCCACUCUCUAAAUCUUCUACCAGUUUAACUCAAAGAUGGAAAUCAACUCCACUUCCGGACUCUAAGUGUCAACUUGGUGAAGAACUUGACCGCCGCCUUGGAACUAUUGAAAAUUCAUUGAACAAAUUUGGAAAGAUCCUGGAUUCUCUUCAUGGUGAUAUUCUGCAUCUAAACCAAGGAAUGAAGCAGAUUUCUCUGGAUGUCGAAGGCAUCUGGCAAAAGGUGAUUGUUAACAGUAGCUUGCUGCAAUCCAUGAACAAAGAGCACGAUGACAUGAAAGCUACCCUCGAUGGAGGCUUCAAACUGAUAUCCGAUCAACUAAAGAAGGAUGCAUACCAAGAAAGGCUACACGAGAUUUCUGAUGUUCUUUCUGCAUUGGAAAAACAAGUACAAGCAUCUCAACUGAAACUAAGAAAUGACUUCAUCAGCACGUUCACCCAAGAAAUGAAGGCAAUGGUCUGUACCUUGAAAAAACCCUUGCAGAAAUUUCCACAUCGCCCUAUUGAAUCUCCCGAGAGUACCGCUUCUUUGGAUGUCCCACAGCAAAAGCGUCGUCGAUGUAAAAUCCAAUCUGCGUCUCCAGAUGUUUGCAUUCGAGCAACUGCCGUACAAACCGAGGAAGUGGGAAGGUGGAAAUCAGUAAAAGUCGGAAAGGCAUUUUGCACUAGUACUGUGAUGAAAAAGGAAGAUGCAAAGAAAGCAAUUCCAUUUUCUGAACAGCGCCUGGUGGUGGAAAGAGAAUAUAGAGUUAUUGUUGAUUCUGAUGAGGAGAUCGAAAGAAGUUUCUCCUGCUUAAUCGAAGAGAAGAAAACAGGAGAAGAUGUCCGUUUCUAUUCAAUAGAAGACGCCAAGGAAGAAACUGAAAGAAUUUUAAGGAAAGCAAGAAGGCAGAAAAGAAAAUACUGCAAUCCUAUAAUUAUUAAUUGAAGGUGCAAGAUGUCUCAGCUCGAUCAGGAUGGAAAAGCGCCUUUCUUCUAGGUAAUUGGAACUUUAUCUUGCUGUUGAAUGCCCACUUUUACAUGCUGCCCAUUAUGAAUUAUCUCUUUCUUUUCCCUUCCUCCUCCCACUUUGGAAUCUACACAACUUUGCUCUCGACAUAAUACUACAAUACUUUUUUCUUUUCUUUCUUUUUUUUUUUGUUGGGGAAGGCUCUCUUGUAGGACAUUACAAUAAGUUCAGCCAUGACCAUUUUUAGCUUUUCUUUGAAAAGAAGCAAAAAAGCCGUUGAUAUUUGUUCCCCUUUUGUUUCGUGGGUUUUGGAAUGGUGGGCUUAUUAAGUGUCGAGGAUUAUUAGGACAAGAAUCUCACGUCGGUUUAUA